AUGAGUUUACCCCUCAGUCUUAAAUCUUUCCUCAGUGGAUUAACAGGAAAGCCAGUGAUGGUGAAGCUUAAGUGGGGGAAUGAGUACAAGGGCUACUUGGUGUCUGUACAUGGCUACAUGAACAUGCAGCGUGCAGAUACAGAACUCAUAAAUGAGGCAUUAUCUGGACAUCUAGGUGAAGUUUUAGUAAGGUGGAAAUAAUGUCCUUUAUAUCAGAGGUGUGGAAGAAGAGGAAUGGGGAAAUGAAUGAAUAGCAUCUUUUGAAGGGGGUUUUAAAUAUAUAUAUUUCUAGACAAUAAAGAUUUGGUUUUCAAAAAAAGAAAACAUAAAGGCCCAGGAGUAACCAAAACCAUUUUGAAAAAGAACGAAGUAAUUUCAAGACUUACUAUAACGUUACAGUAAUCAAGGCAGUGUGGUAUUUAUGUAAGCACAGAGACACAGAUCGAUGAAACAGAAUAGAGGGUCCAGAAACAGAUCAUCUACACAGUCAACUGAAAGUUGAUAAAUAUGCCGAAGUUACUCAAUGGAGACAGGAUAGUCUUUUCAACAAUUGAAUAUCCAUGUGCAAAAAUAUGAAACUUAACCCUUGCCUUCAUAACACAUACAAAGGUUAAUUCAGAGUGAAUCACAGACUUAAAUAUCAGAGCUAAAACUACAAAACUUCUAGAAGUAAACAAAAGCAAAAAUAUUUGUGGCCUUAUUAGGGAAAAUUUUCUAAGACCUUUGGAAAAGCAUGGACCAUAGAAGAAAAAAAUUGAUAAACUAAACUUCUGCAAAAUUUUUAAAAAUCUGCUCUCCAAGUUACAUUAUUCAAAAAA